CAGGCUGCAUAUAAGGGCGGCCUCCCGGCGCGGAGAACCAGAACGAGCGACUUUGUGCCACAGCCGGAGCCGAGCUCGAGCCGGAGCCCAGCCCCAGCCGACACCCCAGCCCGAGCGGAGCGCAGCCUCCCAGCCGCGCAGCGCCGCGCCGCGCCCCCAGCCACCCUCCGUACUUCUCUCGGCCCCGCGUUCGCCCCCGCGGCCCCUCCGCCCAAUGAAACUGGCCGCGAUGAUCAAAAAGAUGUGCCCGAGCGACUCGGAGCUGAGUAUCCCGGCCAAGAACUGCUACCGCAUGGUCAUCCUCGGCUCGUCCAAGGUGGGCAAGACGGCCAUCGUGUCGCGCUUCCUCACGGGCCGCUUCGAGGACGCCUACACGCCCACCAUCGAGGACUUCCACCGCAAGUUCUACUCCAUCCGCGGCGAAGUCUACCAGCUCGACAUCCUCGACACGUCCGGCAACCACCCGUUCCCCGCCAUGCGGCGCCUCUCCAUCCUCACUGGAGACGUGUUCAUCUUGGUGUUCAGCCUGGACAACCGCGACUCUUUCGAGGAGGUGCAGAGGCUCAAGCAGCAGAUCCUCGACACCAAGUCCUGUCUCAAGAACAAAACCAAGGAGAACGUGGACGUGCCGUUGGUCAUCUGCGGCAACAAGGGUGAUCGGGACUUCUACCGCGAGGUGGAGCAGCGCGAGAUCGAGCAGCUGGUGGGCGACGACCCCCAGCGCUGCGCCUACUUCGAGAUCUCGGCCAAGAAGAACAGCAGCCUGGACCAGAUGUUCCGGGCGCUCUUCGCCAUGGCCAAGCUGCCCAGCGAGAUGAGCCCGGACCUGCACCGCAAGGUGUCGGUGCAGUACUGCGACGUGCUGCACAAGAAGGCGCUGCGGAACAAGAAGCUGUUGCGAGCCGGCAGCGGCGGCGGGGACCCGGGCGACGCCUUCGGCAUCGUGGCGCCCUUCGCCCGCCGGCCCAGCGUGCACAGCGACCUCAUGUACAUCCGUGAGAAGGCCAGCGGCGGCAGCCAGGCCAAGGACAAGGAGCGCUGCGUCAUCAGCUAGGAGCCCCCCGCCCCCAGUCCCCAGUACACCCCCCCCCCGC